CAUCUCGUUAUGUCCGUCGCCAAUGUUCACUCACUUCGUCAUUCUGUCCAUAUCUCGGUUCAGAUAACAUCGUAUCAUCUUCGGAACUAUAUAUAUUUAGACGAAAAAUUGAGUGAGAAAUAUCGGAGUGCCCAUAAGGAAAAAGGGGCAAUACAUAAGCGGCGUGCGGACAUACGAAGGCAUCAUUUGUUUUGACCCCCGAUAACCUGUGUGUAGGAUAAUAAAAUGAAUAAAUAAUACGACUAACUUGUACAGACUUGGUAGUGUGGGUUUACGGUGCAGUAUUAAAUUAGUGAUACAAAUAACUUUUGUUGUAAAUAGUGAUGUUGUGACAUACGAACAACAAGUGAUGUUGAGAAGAUAGAUCUGGAAGUGAGACCUUUAUCAUGGCGAAGUACUUACUGUAUAUUUAUGUCCUCGUGCCUCUACUGAUGCCAAUAAAAUGUCUAUUCGCAGGCGAAAGCUGUGUAGCUGACAACCAGCCAGGAACGUGUGGUCCCCUGGACAGUUGUCAGCCCAUUUUAGAUGAGAUCAAAAGAGCUGGUAAUCCUAUACCAUAUAUCUUGAACAAGAAACUACAAUCGGUAACAUGUGGUUUCGACACUCAUAAUCCUUUGGUAUGUUGUGUCUUACCCAAAGAUACCAAUGAGGAUAAUAUGUGGCCAAAUGUAAACAAUACACCAAAUCGAGCCAAACCCAAACCCAAUCCCUUAGACAAGCAGUCGGGUGAAGACGAGGAUACUGAAAUAUUCGAUGAACUCCAAAAUCAUCGUAAUUUUCACCUUAUGCCGCUUAAAGACUGCGGCAUCUCUGACGUUUAUAGAGUACUUGGUGGAAAAAGGACCAAUCUGUUCGAAAUGCCUUGGAUGGUGCUAAUAGCAUAUGACUCAGCUCGAGGCAGAAAGCUCAGUUGUGGUGGCACCCUAAUCUCUGAACGGUACGUGUUGACUGCGGCCCACUGUGUGUCGUUUUUGGGAAAAAAACUGAAGUUGUCAGGUGUGGUGCUUGGAGAACACGACGUCAGGUCGGACCCAGACUGCGAAAUAAUUGACGACAAACCCAACUGCGCAGCCAAUGUUCGGAAUGUGGGGAUAGAGGAGGUAAAAGCUCACCCCGGUUACAGUCCACAAAGCCUGUUUGAUGAUAUUGCAAUAGUAAGGUUGUCUGAACCAGCGGACUUUAAUUUGGACAGCAUGAAACCAAUUUGUUUGCCGUUUACUAAAAAACUUCGGGAUAAGAACUUGGUGGGCUUAGGUGCAACUGUAGCUGGUUGGGGAGCCACCGAAGAUGGUCUGCAGUCUCCCGUGUUACUUAACGUGGAGUUACCAGUACUUAAAAAUCAAAUCUGUAUAAAUGCUUAUAACGGAACUCUUCGGAUAUAUGAUAGUCAAAUAUGUGCGGGUGGUGUUCCUGACGAGGAUUCUUGUGCUGGCGACUCAGGCGGUCCACUCACUUACCCGUUUGUUCUCGAGAAACUGGGCGCACGGAAUGUCCAAAUAGGGAUCGUCUCUUAUGGCCCUAAACGCUGCGGAAUGGGCGGGUAUCCAGGAAUAUACACAAGAGUAUCUAAUUAUCUUAAGUGGAUCUUGGAUAACAUGCGGGAUUAAAUUACAACCAUAUGCCGCACCUCCCCAUAAAUAGUGCCAUAUGUAGAUAUGUUAAAAAUAUUGAAAUCUUUAUUAUUGUACAUAUUAUUUGCUAAUCCAACAGACGGUGUCUAGUCAUAUUGAACGCGCAGACUUACACCAAAUGCGUGAAUUAAAUUUGUCCUUGAGUUUCUGAAAUUUUACAACUUUCUUAAUUGUUCGUUCCUUGAUGGUGACCUAUAUUUUGGUCUUAGAUUAUGACACUGGUUGAGAGGAGGUGCUGUGUGCUUUUGAUUACAUGUUUAAAAGAAUAAAUUGCAGAUGUUAAAGGUAAUGGAUAUUAUAAUCAGAGUUUUAAUUAAGUAAACGAUACGUAAAACAAAUUUAUUGACUAGUCGUUCCAUUACUGCUUAUCUCGUACUGAUUUAGUUGAAUAGGGAGUAACUUAAUAGAAUACCUAGUUGUAAUACUCAAGUAGAAUAUUAGGGUAUUCUAUUGUUCAGACAUGCUUAGCUGCUUAAUUUGGACUAAAUUAGUAGGUACUAACCCAGUCCGAAAUAGAUUUAUUAUAUGAUUUAUUUGAACAAUACAACGCUGGCAGAUAGCCAGUGAAUGAUAGGAGGAUAGUAUUAGG